AUGCAGGGGGAGGACCCGCCGCAGGGCGGGGGUAUCCGAGUCGCGCUGGUCAAAGGGGGGCGCCAACGCGAUGCAUCGGCUCCACCGCCCGCCUCAUACCCCGAGGAUGGGCCCGAGGAGGAGCUGGACUUCGACUUUGGCGGCGACCUGGACGAGGCUGAGCGCGAGGCGGGGGAUGUGCUCGUGGAUGACUACGACGACGACGACGACGACGACGACGACGACGCGGGCGAGGACGGCGGGGACUGGCGCGAAGGAGGCGAGGACGGCAGCGCCGCUAACCCCGCGGCGGUCAGCGCAUCGAACGUCGACCCCGGCGGCCCCGAACCCACCGCGGUCGCCCCGCCAAAGCGCGUCCACGAUCCCAACUUUAAGAAGCUGUACGGCGUGAUGGUGCCGAUCGCGCUGCGGGACGGCGGCGACGACGCGGCGGUGCUGGAGUGGGCGAUGGCCGACUGCAAGGACUGGGAGUACGAGCCCGACGAGGAGGAGGCGGCGAUGAUGCGGGAGCUCGAGCGCAUGGAGAACGAGGACUUCGACCCGCUCGCCGACGGGGAGGAGAUACCCGCGGAGGUGCCCCUGGUUCCGGGUGAAAACGAGGAGGACUACGCUAACCUCGACGGCGACGACGUCGAGGGCGACGACGACACGGCCGUCGACGACGACGAGGUCGACUUCGAGCCCUCACAGGAGGAGACGGAGAUCCCGAUGUCCGCCAGGCUCGACUUCCACUCGAAGCACUUCGACCCGCUGUUGGCGCUGAGGGCGGGGGUGCGCGGGGAGCUCAAGCCGCCGAGAAACGUGAGGCCGCUGGACUUUGUCGGCAAGUUCAGGCACCUCCUGCCCAAGCGCCACCCCGCGUGGGUGGACCCCAACAGACAGCGCAAGACGCGCACCGCGGAGUCCAUAGCGGCGCAGGAGGCGGCCAAGGCGCGGGCGGAGCGUUUCAGGCAGAAGGCGGCGGAAUUCGCCCGUCGCGACCCGGUUGUGGGCAUCCUGGCUGACGAGUCCAGGGAGCGGGGAGGCCCCCUGUCCGUGCUGGUCAAGGCGUUCGACGAGGGACGGCGGAUUCGCGUGGCGACGCGUCACCGCUCGGGGAUUCGCGGCGUCGCCGUCGCGUACUUGAAGGCGUUCGACGUGUACAUGAACAUGGUGCUCCAGGACGUUCACGAGGCGUACACGGUGCGGCUGCGCCACUCGGUGGUGGACCCGAAACGACCGGGACGGACCAGGGUCAAGUACAAGCUGGAGCAUAGACGCAGGCACAUGAACCAGGUGUUCCUGCGGGGCGAGCAAGUCGUGACGAUCGCCGUGGAGGAAGACGAGGACGACGAGGACGACGAGGACGACGACGAGGUCGAUUCCGACGACGAGGACGACGAGGAGGAGAAACCCAGGAAAGGCAAGGUGAAGAAGGGGCGCGGGAUCGACCCGGUGGAGGAGGUGGGCGCCGCGGACGACGACGAGCCCGAUCAGCCGUCCAGGCUCGGGCUGGAGAUCACCCGCGCGAGGGAGGCGAAGCAGGCGGCGCGACGGGGAAUCGAACCCGGGACCUCACGAUGGAACCCGCCGCCGCCGCCGCGACCGCCGCCGGGAAGACCACCGCCUCCUCCGAGACCGCCGCCUGGCGCGCCGGGGGCGAGACCGCCGCCGCCGCCCAGACCGCCGCCAGGGAGACCGCCUCCACCCAGACCGCCGCCCGGCAGACCGCCCGGGCGCUAG